GAAGUGGCUGACCUUUCCACGUCAAGUAAAGCUCAUUACCGAUGGGAGAAUGAGCCCAAUAUUAAGGAAAAUGAUAGUCACAGGUGUUUGUGGCCUCGUAAGCCUUGUACUGCGGCAGAAUUUGUAUCUUGAGCACCUCCGUGCUGACGAUUUAUAUAUCAAGCAGCGUGGUAAUGGUGAACCUACACUGAAAGUCUUGCUAUCCGGUGUCAGAAAAAAUUCGGGUACACCGAGAGUUGAAUCUAGCUGGCAACACGUCAAGGACCUCCUUGUGCACUGUUACAAUGUUUUGGGAUUAAAUCCAAGUGAGGGUACAAAGUCCUUGCAUAAGUUUAUCGGUAGUCAGACAGAGAGUGCGACUCUUGAAGGUUACCCUGAUUUCUGGAAUGAUGAUGAAAAGGAUAUGUACCUAAGGUUAAUAAUUCAAGCAGACAUAAGCAAGACUGAAACUUCACUUCAAAACUGAGGUGUCACUUGGCCGAGGGACACAUACGGAUCUGUUGUGUCGAUGUUGCAAGAUAUAAUUAACCAUGACACUAAAUCAACAUAUGACACUAGCAAACCAUUGGAAUAUAUCAGACUCUGCCGGAAUGUGGGGAAGAAGUUUAAUG